GUCCAAACUUGUUUUUGGAUAUAACCAAUCUAACAGCGGAAAUGAGGUCCAUGCUUGCAGUGAGGAUAUUGUUGUACUUUUUAGUAGUAAUUGGUGUGGCUUUUGCCAAAGAAUGGAAUUGGUUGUUCGUGAAGUAUAUCGUGCCAUAAGAGGUUACAUGAAAAUGUUGAAAAGUGCCUCUGGGAAAGAGCAAGCACUGUUUGAUGCUGACAACUCGAUGAAUGAUACGAAACUUCCACUCAUCUAUAUGAUGGAUUGCACAAUGAAUGACUGCAGUUUAAUCCUAAAAUCGGCAAACCAGAGUGAAGUUUAUCCUGCUCUGAUGUUAUUCCCGGCCGAAACUGAAACAGUUAUAUCUUACAAUGGAGAUAUAUCAGUAGCUAAUAUAAUCAAGUUUAUAGCUCAUCAUGGAAGUAAUUCUCAUCAUCUCUAUAGCGAGAAAGGAAUUUCAUUGACGAGCACCGAAGGAGUUGGGAAGAAUCAAGAUUCUCCUGGGGUUGCAACUCAUGAGGAAGGUCAAACUGCAAAGGACAAAUUCCAUGAAGUUAUAUUGAAAAACCAGAACCCAAAAAGAGUUUCUAAAUACAAUGGUGGCAAAUCGAGGUUGUACAAUUCGGUUGUCUCGAAUAAAGCCACAUUUGAGGUGGUGGUUGGUUCAAUCCUUACUGCCACCGAUAAACUUCUCGAGGUCGCCCCAUUUGAUAAUUCAAAGAUCAUCAUUGUGAAGGCGGAUGAAGAAACUGGUUUUCAGGGUUUGAUAUUUAACAAGCCAAUCAGAUGGGACGCUCUAGAUCCACUUGGAGAAGGGAUAGAGUUCCUGAAAGAGGCUCCUCUGUCUUUCGGAGGCGCCGUUUUAAGAAAGGCGGCAAUGCCCUUCGUUUCUUUAGCUAGGACGGUUAGCAAAACUCAGUACGUCCAAGUAUCUGCAGGCAUCUACUUUCUUGAUCAAUUUGCCACGGUUGGUAAAAUUGAAGAGCUGAAGGCUGGAAACGAAUCGAUCAGUGACUACUGGUUUUUCUUCGGGUAUUCAGUUUGGGGCUGGAACCAACUGCUUCAGGAGAUUGGAGAAGGUGCAUGGACUGUAAGCAAUGAGGGUAAGAGCUUAGAUUGGCCGUUGAAUUGAGACAGGUUUCGACUGUAAAUACGAGAUUUU